CACCGGGUGUGGAUCCUGCUGGCCAUGACCCACCUCACCCUGGACUUCUCUGUGUGCAGCCCCCUCAGUCAGGGUCUGGGGAUCAAACUCACGCCCAAAUCGGUGCCUCGCUCACGGCCUCGGUUGCAGCCCCUCUGGGACACGCCCAAUAAGCUUCACUGGAGAACAGUGAGCCCGCUGGCCCACCGGCUCUUCAAUCCUGUCCCUCCUCCCCAAGACAACAGGGCAGGGACAGGGCCAAAAGUCAAGGGUCAAAAGCAUCGGAAGGCAGCACCUAAAGGACAAGCGGCGUGUAAGGAGUGUCGGUUGAGAUACUCUCAAAUGGAAACAGGUGAUCCUUUGGCUGUUAUAGCAGAAGCUCCAGUGGCUUUAUCCAGUGGGAGCAAAGGAGACACAGUGAGGUUGUUACUUAGAGCCAGAAGGCAGCUCAAAUGGGACAGCUAUGACAAGUCUCAGGAGGGCCGGACUACCACGGUGGCCGGAUUUAUCGACUGGGGACCCACAGGGACAGAUAGCAUAGAUGGCGAUGACAAACCAGAGCCGAAUGUAACGCUGUUCACCAGGGUCUCAACUACCACAGUGGCCACAACCACUAGCACUACAACCAGGCCCACCCAAAGGACGUUCACUGUAGUGACUACACCAGAGCCCAAGAGGCUGAGCACCACCAAGGCCCCUGUCAGCUCUGAGACUGUCAAACCACCAAAGCCAUAUGGGGACACACCAGGUUUGGCAGUUCACCAGAUAAUCACAAUCACUGUGUCUCUCAUUAUGGUUAUCGCAGCCUUGAUCACAACACUCGUCCUUAAAAACUGCUGUGCGCAGUCGGGAAAUGGUCGCCACAAUAGCCAUCAGCGUAAGAUCCACCAGCAGGAAGAAAGCUGCCAAAACCUGACAGACUUCACCCCGGCCCGGGUGCCCAGCAAGGUGGACAUAUUCACUGCCUACAAUGACAGCCUGCAGUGCUCACAUGAGUGUGUUCGGACUGCCGUGCCCAUCUACACUGAUGAGAUGAUUCAGCAGACGCCUGUCUACAAGACUGCUUAUAAUGGAAACAGGCCCUCCCCCACUGAAAGACAGCUGAUUCCUGUGGCCUUUGUGUCGGAGAAGUGGUUCGAGAUCUCUUGUUGA